AAAAAUGUUAACGAUAGAUAUUUUUGUAGAGCGGUCAGGACUCAGAAUCCUUUGCCCAUCUCAACUGGAACAUAAAGACCAAAAAUAAGAUUUUGACAUUUAAUGUCAUUCAGUUUAUGGAUUUUCUCGCGAUUUUCCUUCAUUUCAAAGAUUUUCACUGCAGCUCGCAUUUUUCUAUGUGGGCUCACCUUAAUCAUUUCUCAUUAUUGAAAUCAUCAAAUCAACCCUAUUAAUAACUAUUAAAUUCAAGUCUGGUGUAAACAUUUACAUCAAUGGCUACCAUAUCGCUUGCUAAAAGUUUGGUUAACCCAGCCCUCAAGUUUGUCUUAAAACAAAGUCACAGCUCGCAUCUACGAUGCUCUGUUAUAACACCUGUGAGUUCAUUGAAUAUUAUCCUAAAACGUCACUAUGCAGAAAAGCAAGUGUUUGAAAGAACAAAACCACAUUGUAAUGUCGGAACUAUUGGACAUGUUGACCAUGGAAAAACGACAUUAACUGCAGCCAUUACAAAAGUAUUAGCAGAUCUUAAUUUGGCUCAGAAAAAGGGGUAUUCGGAUAUUGACAAUGCACCAGAGGAAAAAGCUCGUGGAAUCACCAUCAAUGUGGCACAUGUUGAAUAUCAAACCGAACAGAGGCAUUAUGGUCAUACUGAUUGUCCUGGUCAUGCAGAUUAUAUCAAGAACAUGAUCACUGGAACUGCUCAAAUGGAUGGUGCCAUACUUGUAGUGGCUGCUACUGAUGGUGUGAUGCCACAAACCAGAGAGCACUUGAUUCUUGCAAAACAAAUUGGAAUCCAACAUGUCGUAGUGUUCAUCAACAAAGUUGAUGCCGCUGACCAAGAGAUGGUUGAACUGGUGGAGAUGGAAAUUAGAGAGCUUAUGACAGAAAUGGGAUAUGAUGGGGAUAACAUACCUGUAGUUAAAGGAUCUGCACUUUGUGCCUUGGAAGGUAAAAGUCCGGAAAUAGGAUCUGAAGCUAUAUCAAAGCUUUUAGAACAAGUAGAUUCCUUUAUCCCUACACCAAUCCGUGAAUUAGAUAAGCCAUUCCUCAUGCCAGUAGAAUCUGUACAUUCUAUCCCAGGACGUGGUACAGUUGUAACAGGACGUCUACAUAGAGGUGUUUUGAAAAAGGGCACAGAGUGUGAAAUUGUGGGCCAUGGAAAAGUAAUGAAGACUACAGUAACAGGUGUUGAAAUGUUCCACAAAACUUUAGAUGAAGCUCAGGCAGGUGAUCAGUUAGGUGCCCUUGUGCGUGCUAUUAAGAGAGAACAGAUCAAACGUGGUAUGGUUAUGGCUAAACCUGGCACUGUAAAAGCACAUGAUAAUAUUGAAGCUGCUGUAUACAUUCUUAGCAAAGAAGAAGGUGGGCGUGCGAAACCAUUCACUUCAUUUAUCCAAUUGCAAAUGUUCUCUAUGACAUGGGAUUGUGCCACGCAAGUCUCCAUUCCAGAAAAAGAGAUGGUUAUGCCUGGUGAAGAUGCAACAUUACACCUACGGCUUGUGAAACCAAUGGUCUGUGAAACAGGACAACGUUUUACUUUACGCCUUGGCGAUAUGACUCUUGGGACAGGAGUGAUCACAAAGAUCAACAACAAUCUAUCUGAAGAAGACAGAAUCAAACUAUUGGAAGGGAAAAAGGCACGAGAAAAGUCCGUCGCUAAGAAGUGAAGUUCUUGCAAAUUUAAUUAAGUAUAGUUGUAGAACCUUUAAUGUAUG